CCAAGCCCGACCCGUUCGCAACGCCGCCACGGCCAGCGUCGAAGCCACCACCACCGUCUCUCACCAGCCGCAACUUCCACUCCGCCACAGUUCUAGGGUGCCCAGUGCCCUUCGCCGGCAGAUUGAUUGACCUGCGCACUGAUGGGUAGUCCCAAGAAGAGUGCCUGCGCCGCCGCGGACCUCACCGACGACCUCAUCGUCGAGAUCCUGUCGAGGCUUCCGGCUAAAUCGAUCUGCCGCUUCAAGGGCGUUUCCUGGCACUGGUACGGUUUAAUCACCAACCCCGAGCACCGCAAGAAGAUCCCUCAGACGCUCUCCGGCUUCUUCUACCCCAGCGACAGGUGGACCCCCGAGGACCCCGUCAGAACACUCCCCGAUUUCGUUGACAUCGUGAGGGACGAAGAGCCAUUUUCAGACCCCUCGUUGACCUUCAUGGCCUCCUACAGGUCGAUUAUUCCAAAGAUCUGCUGCAAUGGCCUUCUUUUCUGCUUCUGCUGGAAGGUCUCCCCAAGGGAUGAAUGUGAUCUUGUUGUGUGCAAUCCUGCGACAGAGAAAUGGGUUGUCGUGCCGGACUCUGUUGAUGAAAGCAUUGCUUUGAAGUACCAUUUUGUUUUUGACCCAGCCAUCUCCCCCCACUUCCAAGUGUUUGAAAUUACAGACGCGGAUGAGGAUUAUGGAUACAUCGGUGAUGUGAAUAUCUACUCAUCGGAGACAGGUGCAUGGAGUUGCAUAGGGAAUGGUUGGGGCGACGAGCUUCAGUUAGUCGAUAGAGGAGGUGUUUUUCUCAAUGGAAUGUUGCAUCUGCUGACCUAUGAUUUAAAGAUAUUGGCAGUGGACACAAAGGGGAAGAAAUGGAGGACCAUUCCUUUGCUGGAACCUAUGACUGUCUCUUGCUUUUGUAGAGGUCCUCUUGCAUUUAUCGGUCAGUCUCAAGGGCGAUUGUAUCACAUAAAUAUGAGGGUUGGUGAUACCUCAAAAUUGUCAGUCUGGAUUCUUGAGGACUACGACAGUGGUGAAUGGAUAUUUAAGUACAACAUUAGCACUGCACAGAUUUUUGGGGAGAAGAAUCUAAUGUUUGAGAGGGACUACGCUUUGGUUGCGAUUCAUCCAGAAAGCAAUUUGGUUUUCUUUGUUUGUAGGUGCAAGGAUUUGCUGAUAUCGUAUGACAUGGAUCGUGGUAAAGUAUCUGUUAGCAAUCUCAAAGAGCAUCUGUAUAACCGCCCAUUUCUUCCCUAUCUUCCAUAUGUUCCAUUUCUCAAGGAUUCACUGGCUGCUCAAGCCUAGAAGCAUAAUUUGCAGUGCGGAGGCCAACGAUAGUUACCCUCAAGUGACAUGGAUGCCUACAGCCAGUUGUCCCCAAAUUUAAGAAUGUAGCUGCGGCUUGUGUAACUCACCUGUUUUUCUGGCCCUUAUUUUGUGUUUAACUAUCUAUACAGAGGUUGCAUAUUCAGUUAAGUUUUUCUUGCUUUUGACUAAUUGUAUUUGUUUCCAUUUGUUAGCUGUGUCAGUGUGCAUGCUAUGUUAUCAACAUGCACUUCUUUCGUCAGAUUUCAUCCAUUUUGUUGAAUACAUAGACGGGUACUGAUGUUUACUCAAAAACCCUGGAGUGAGAUGCCCUCACUUGAAGUUAUGAAAAUCGCAUACAGGAAUUCAGCUCCGGCUUUUUCUUAGUACUAAAGAACUUAAGAUGAGAGAACUUACAGUCAAGAUUGAUGCUUCAGCAAUGUCUUUUUGGAACGAAGUCCUAGCGUGCAGGCAAGCUUGAGUGCUGAUUGACUGUGGGCCAAGUCACUGAAACAAUCAUGAAAGACUCGGCGUCAAGAAGGGAAGGGACUUCAGGAUAAUCUCUCACCAACACUGGCAAGGAGGCACUACACGCAAGAGAAUCUGCUCCAUAUAGGCAUGUGGCCAUGGAGCUACCACUGAUCCAAUGAACAGAACUGCAAUCUUUGCCUGAUGAAGGGACCCCCGAAAUGUCAUGACUUUGUGAUAGAUUUGGGGAUGGGGACUUGGGGAGCUCUCCCUUCUUAGGAUAUUAUUCUCAGAAGGUUGAUAAUGAUAGGUAAGGCAGACAUAAGAAUUCAUGUCUUUGCUGGCAGAAAAAUGUCCGCCAUUCAUGGUGGCCAGCUGUGAUAUCUGUAGUGUUUCCUGCUAAGGUAUACUCCAUGACCAAAAGAUACAAAAAAAUUCUGCCAGUUUUUAACAA